AGUGGGUAUCACGCAUCAAUACCUUUUUUGCGACUUUGUGUGUCAGUUGGCAAUGAUCUUACUUAAACAAAACAGUUUAUUUUAACCUGUUAACAUUAUCUAAAGCAUAAGAAUGUGUGGAUAGUUUGACGUUUAACAGGAUGGAUUGCCGGGGAAAGAAACCGUUGAUUAUCUAUGGCGUGCUAAUAUCCCUGCAGAUAUGUUUUGUACUCGUCCUGCUGGUGUUUGCGGCUCGAGGUAAAGGUUACAUGGACGACAGCGAGAAGGGGUCGGAUAUACCGUAUUAUGUUGGUGCCAUUAUCGUUGGUGUAGUGUAUGGUUGCCUAGCAAUAUCUUCCUUUUUACUGGUAGUGUUUCAGGUCUUGGACGUGGAGAAAGGAUCGGGUGUCAUUCUAUGUACUGUUUGUGUGUUUGUCUACCUGGGGUUACCAGCAUUCAUUCUUGGUGUAAUAUUUUUAUCUCUAUUUGGACUUGCAAACUGCAAGAAAAACGAGAACACGACAUACGAUCUGAAUGGGUUCUGCAGCUAUGAUACAAACAUUGACAACAACUACAACACCGCUGUUGUGUGCUUAGUUAUGGCCAUUUUUCUUUUUCUGACAAAUCUGGUCCAUGUGUAUUUAUUGUGUAAAUACGACGGUGAACUUGAUGAUGACGAAAUUUACAUUUCCGGUGGUCCAGCUUCCGGUAGCAGCGCAGGCGGAAGUACAGCUCCUAACAGUAGUAGAUCGUCUGGAAGCAAAGGCGGGAAUCGCACUCUUAGAAUGAUGGUGAGGGACAGAAAAAUACGGAAUGAUGAGCAGAAACAACGGAGAAUGAGUGUUCCUGAACACAAAAUUAUUCGAAAGUUCAUACCUCGUUACUAGUUGGCUGCUGCAUGCAGUCGCGGUGCUAACGUUGUUCUAUAACAUUUAACAGAACGGAUAAUUUGUAAAUACUGAAGCAAAUUUACAGGCAAUGUGUUGCAUUGUUAUGUUACAGUCUUUCAUGUGUAUGACAAAAAUAUGUAUUACCGUUUUUGAAUUGUCGAGGUAUCAGAACCUCUGCGAUUUUAUUUUUUCAUAAAUUAUGAAACUGUGA